GCGUUAGAGCACACAGUGGCUUUGUGUUACUGUACAGUAGGUAGCUGUUGUCCACAUUAACAAGGCACUAUUUUGGAAGCACUUUGACAAACAGUCGCUGUUCCAUGUCAUCCGGUUCUUCCGCAUCCAACGAGACGUUUCUGCGGCUCCAUUAGCAGCAAACUAGCACAGAACCAGCCAGCCCAAAAGCUUGAACCAGGAACGCUGCCUGAACUUAAAACACUAUCAGUUCCUCUUUUUUUAACAGCAUUUUUAUAUCUGGCAGCUUCAAGCUAACGUUUUUCUGUUUUCUUCCUUUGGCUGACGCUUCCCAAAUACGUCCGAGAUAGCAAGAACUUUCCGUCGUUAAUUUGGCAUUUUGACAUUUUCUUGCUAACGUUAGCCAACUUUUUUUGUAAUUCCUCCAAACCAAACCUGCACUCUUCAAACAUCUUAUUCGCCAGGAACGAAUUUCUUUCGUAUCUUAUCCAAAAGCUGAAUUUUCUUCGAAGACCUAUCAACAUUCAACAACUGUAUUUAGUCCGAAAAUCGGCUUUAAAGGAGUGUUUAGCAGUCUGUAUGUGUUAGCCAGCGGCAGCUAGCUCCCACCAAGCCCUUUAAAUCACCAUCCGAGAGCUCAAGGAAUAGAGCAGUUUCGGUAUUUGACUGACUGGUGUGUUUUUUUUCUUUUCUUUUUUCUUUUUUUGCUGCUGGACCUUUAACUUGUAAAUAUCCCCAGUGCUAUACCCUGGGACUCUAAAAACGUCCCCUCCUCGCCUUUUAAAGUAAAAGCUGACAGAACAGCCAAAGCAGAGUGUUGAAAGGAGAAUCCGGGGAAGGACCCGAAGCAGGUUGGACACAUAUACGGAAUCCCUCUUCGGAUUGUUUUGAUAUUAGUGUUAUUGUUGAAAAUGGCGGCGAUCGGAAUGGUGCAGAUGUUGAUUGAAGCAGCGGAGUACCUCGAUCGCAGGGAAAGAGAAGCUGAACAUGGCUAUGCCUCCAUGCCACCCUUCAUCAGCAGCCGGGAGAGGGAAAGCUUGAAAAGGAAAAACAAGAGCAAGAAAAACACAAGUAGCAGGUCUACACACAAUGAGAUGGAAAAGAACAGACGGGCGCACCUACGGCUGUGCUUAGAGCGCUUGAAAUCUCUCGUUCCUUUGGGACCAGACGCCAACAGGCACACCACCCUCAGCCUGCUGAUGAAGGCCAAAGAACAUAUAAAGAGGCUAGAGGAGAGCGACAGGAAAGCUCAGCACACCUUGGAGCAGCUACAGCGGGAGCGGAGACACCUGCGGAGGCGUCUGGAGCAGCUGGGAGUGGAGAGGACCCGCAUGGACAGCACCGGUUCUACCCGCUCAGACAAGUCUGACUCUGACCAGGAGGACCUGGACGUGGACGUGGAGGGGACCGACUACAUGCUGGGUGACCUUGAGUGGAGCACCAGCAGCGUGAGCGACUCAGGGGACGAGCGAGGCAGCCUGCGUAGCAGCUGCAGCGACGAGGGCUACUCCAGCGCCAGCCUGCAGCGCCUGCUGGACACUCAGGAGACGGCCAAGCAGCUGGCCUGCGGCCUAUAAACAGCCCGCAUCACCCACCGAGCCAACACCCACCUCCCCUCAGUCAGCGUCUCACCACUGGUACCUGCUCGGACCUCCCCCGACCCCCGACCCCCGACCCCUCUAAGGACCGACCGCGCCAGACGCCUCUCCCGCAGUCAGCUCUGGCUUCCAUUCAGACUAACGGCUCUGAGACCCCCGCGCACAUCCAGCUCGUCAUCAGCGGUCAGUCUUAAGGGCGCCGCCCGCUCCACUCCGUGCCAAUCAAACGAGUGGGAUUUUAAAGACACUCCGCCCCCCUUUCUGUCCGUCCGUCCGUCCUCCAGAAACACAACUUUCAGCCAGAGAAUGUUACCACACAAUGUCCCACUGCCUCUUUUUCUAUGCCUCAAGAGCCAUGGGAAGCACUUAGAAGAUUCUUCUCUUCAGUCGCACACACACACACACACACACACACACACAUUAUACAUGAACACACACACACACUUCCAUCCCUCCUAGUCGUAAGACGUCUCGUUUGUGACACGGGGCUGGUUUUUUCUGCCCUGCUCACCAGUAAACCAUCAGUGCAUGGUACCUUGCACUGGAAAUUGCUUUUAUAAACAAAACUGUCAUCUUUUUCAGACACUGUCUCUUUUAAAGGCCACACCCCCCUCCCCCUACCCGUACCCCCAGUGCCGCUACGGCAGCGAUACUCCCAGAUGAAGUGAAUGUUUGUGAAACAUGUCAGUCGGCAGACUCUGUGGACACUAAACUGGACUGCGAGCGGCGUUAACCCCUCGGAGCCGGCAGCAAUUCAACCUGUAGAAGCUAAGCUUUAGCAGGCAGGCUCCUUUCACGUCCACCUCUGCCAUUCACAGCCAGAAGGGCAAACCAGACAAGCCAGGCUGCAGCGUGAGAUUGGGAAAGGGGUUUGUGGGAGUGGGUCGGACAGGUUCUGCCUCUCUCUGAUGACGGUGGCGUUUCUACAGCUCCCCCCCCCCCCCCCCCCUCCCUCCCUGUAACGUGUGGACGGCGUGUCCGGGCCCGGCAGCGGGCGCCACGGCCCUCAGCAGCAGCCACCAGGCCGGGUGCCGGGAUGUUUUGCUAGGUGCUAGUACAUCGUUGUACGCUGAUCCUUCACUGCCGCGUUCAGCAGCUGUUAACAGGAAAAGCCGUCCAGAGACUCGAGCACAUUCCACUAUAUAGAGCAGAGAGCGGGUGACACUGAGAGAUUGUUGUUGUUGUUGUUGUUGUUAAAGCGGCCGUUCACACUUGUUAUCUGUAAGGGGAGAGGUCAGUUUGGGUCAGGACAGGGUUUUUAGUGGGAGGCCCAAAGUUUUCUGUGUUUUCUCCUCUCAAUAGCACUAAAAUGGUGAAACCACAGAGAUUCCCUUGCCUUGCCAUCAUAGCUAUUUAUUAUUUCUGGAGAAAUAUACACCUUUUAAUGUAAAUAGUUCUCAGAAAGAGUUCUAUGUAUCUCCAAAUGUAUUUAUUAGAUAUCCUAAAUAUAUAGAUGUCUAUAAAAAAAAAUCUAUUUAGUCAUAGCUUAUGUUCAUUUUUGUGUGUUUUACUGAGAGUUUCCUACAACGUAGUUGGUUUGCACAGCAAAGUCAAUCCUUAGAAUAUUUAGACGAGUCUCUUGUGCCUCGAGGCGUUUGUGUCUGUUGAAUUUGGCACGUUGCUCCUAGAGCACCACUUCCUAGUGGUUCGUUUUCUUUUUCUCUUGUUUGAAAGCCGUCCUAUCCUCGUAUUGGUGUGGGGGGAAAAUGGAACAAAACAAACAAACAAAAAAAAAAAAUCUCAAUACCUUAGAAAAAUAUCUAUUAAAAAGUUUAAAAGUGAAAGAGAUGCACCGAUCAGGAGGUUCUUGGCCGAUGCUGAUUUCUGCUUGUCUUUGAUCUGCUGCUUUCCAUUUAUUUAUUUUUUUAUGGACUGUACCAUGAAACCAGUUUCAGACUAUUUGAUGGAAGUAUUAGUUUUUAGAUCCAACAGAAAAUAAAGUAAAUACAAGAUUUUCCCAAUUUGUCCCCAACUGGGUGCUGUACAUUACACCCACCUCUGCAGAUUUGCUUGUUUCAUACCUGAUUGGUUAUUUUAUUUAUUUUCUCUAUAGGUCCAAAAUGGCGUCCUCUACUGUGGGACAUUUUGUAACUAACGGGUCAACUCGUGGACAGAUAGUACCUACUUAGUGGACUUUUUAAACCUGGAUUAAAGCUGCCAUUAUUUAACUGUAAUUUAAAGCUUUAGGCUGCUAAUUGGUUAAAAGCAACCGAUUUUACAUUCAAAUGUCUAAAAAUCUUUUUAGCAUUCCUUAAUUAGGCAUUGAUUUAUCUUUUUAGCGUUUGCUUCUUCAGAAAUUUAGCCCAUAACAUGAUCUGAUAUGAAAAAGAAAUGGUUCUGCAUUGAUCUGUAUCCAGCACUUUGCUAAGCACACAUUGUCAAUUUGUCAGUUGACAAUGGGGCGAACUGACCCUGAUAUUUAUCAGAUUUUAAUUCAGCUGAACAUAGUGCACCAAAUCACAUGCUGAUAGUUGAUGCAUUUUUAGACCGAAAAAACGAUUGCAGAUUGGUCCUGAUCUGAUCCGAUCCUCCAAUCACAAGAGGGUAAAGGAGAAAUUGGCUGAUGGAUCGGUGCAUCUCUAUUGAUAGAAAUUUGGUGGCCAAAUUCUUGGAGGCGAUGAUCCAACCCCCCCCCAGCUGUUUGCAUCGCCCCCGCGCCUACAACGCUCAGACAACAUGGCCGCCCAGCGAGGCCUAAGCUGCCCUCAGCGGUGGUUCUGAUUGGUCACGGGCGGGGAGGGGCUCCCAAAUACCUGAAUGUACAGAGACUCUGCAGUGCAGCGGCGUGGCGCCAAUGGAAGCUCCCCGCUCGUGCAUGCUCUACCUGUAAAGCUCAGCUAAAGCCUUAAAAUGGUACACCAAUAAAUAAAAAAAACUCCAAAAAACAAACCUCUAAAAAAAGAAAUAAAAAAAAAAACUAGGUUAGGGUUGUUUGGUCUGUGCGUGUGGCAUGCUACUUAUGUUUGUCAUGUUGAAGCCCUUUUGAAACGGAGAGGAAGCGCGGAGCCACGGUCACACAGGAAACGGGACUUAAAAGUAGGUUCGAGUGGGCAGGUGUGUUCACUGAAGCGCCAUCUGUUGGUGUGUGGGUGCGUUGACCUCGUCACUGUCUUCAGAGAGAAUUUUAUUUCCGGGUGGCAGAGGUUGGGCGCCCUAGAAACAUUGGCCAUAUUCUGUUUCCUGUUUACUACUAAAAUGAAAACCUCUCGUCAGUCUCAUGUCACCCCCCCCCCCCCCCCCCCGACACACUCUUUGAGCUUUCUUCCAGUCUACCUCUGUGUUUUCUGGAUUGCAUCCCUUGAUUUGCAGCACUCAUGUGCAAGCACAACACCAUCCCUUCCUCGCAUUUUGCAUGUGUAGGCGAAGAUGAAUUUGAGGGUGCCUGUGACUGGGCGCUGAAACCCCCCCCCCCUCCCCCCUCCAUCGCCCCCUCCAACAUGACGGCGCCGGUGCUCUCAGCAUCUGCCUUAAGAAGCCGGUGCUGAAUCUCUCGAAGAACAAAGCCUACAGUCAGACCAGUCGUUUAAGCUUCAGGGAAACGCUCUCCCUGCAUCCAUGGUGGCUAACCAUGCCUUAAAACGGUAACAAAAGUGCAACCCGACACAGGUUAAAGACACGCGUGAGUGCUUGUAUGAUCCAGAAACGGUGGUCAUUCCUUUUCAUCGUGCAUUACACACACAGCAAACACUCAGAGACACGCGGCGUGUCACAGCUCCAAGAACAUCUUCAACACCUGCCGCCUUUCUCUUCAGGAAGGCCCAAUGUCUGUUUCCUGGGUAAUAGGAUGUUUUCUGCACUUUUUAAAAAUGGGAGAAUUUGAAUAUUGUCUUCUAAAUAAAAAUCACUUAUGUUGGGUAAAAACAAAAUGCCCUCUGACACUGAAUUGUGGAGCAGCAGUUUAUAUUUACCAGUGAUCCUAAAGAAUAAACUAUUUGAAACCCUUGUUUA